AUGGCUCUUAACCCAACCAACGAGGAUCUGCUCUUUGUCGUCCUCGCCAUUCUCCUUCCACCUGUGGUACCGUUGCUGCUGAAGGGAAUUGGGCCAGACCUCAUUGUGAACCUCUUAUUGACGAUAUUCGGCUUCUGGAUUCUAGGAGUCAUACAUGCACUCUGGCUUGUGUAUCAGAAGAUGAAGACAAAUACCUGGUGGCGGAGUAACAGAGUUAUAGCAUGACGAAAUCUCGACCGAGCUCGGAGACUGAGCAAACACGGACGCAGGAUGGACUAUUCGAUAUACCCUUUCAUGAUGUCGAUACAGGACGGUUAGAUAAUUGGAUGCUUUUUGAAGAAUUUACUACCGGAGCUGAUUG